GAUCAGAAGUCUUUUUUCACAAAGUGCGUCUAUUUGUUUUCGUUAAUUUAAUAGGAGAUACAGCGAUGUCACGGCUGGCUUUAUUGCGUAAUUUAGUGUGCCACCGUCAGAAGCUGCUGUCCAGCAACACGGCGCGGCUGAAAUGCGCGGCAUUUUUGCACUGGAGUCCACAAUGGCGGCAGGCGGAGUCUCAAGGUUCUCGUGGUGGCGGGGCACUGCAGCAGUCGCAGGAUAAUGCCCAGGUCUCCACGGACGUGCGUCCCAUCGGCGAAAAGAUCAAAGAGAACACGAAGACGGCAAGCUAUACCGCCAUUAUUGUUGCCGGCUUGGGUGUCACCUGCGUAAUGUUCUUCGCCAUAUUCCGAGAGCUCUUCUCCAGCGAGAGUCCCAAUAAUAUAUAUGCCGAUGCCUUGAGCCGCGUGGUCGAGGAUCCGCGGGUACAAGAUGCAAUUGGUGCGCCCAUCAAGGGAUUCGGCGAGACUUCGCGCCGCGGACGCCGGCAGCAUGUGGCACACUCCAGCUACGAACGCAAUGGCAAGCCGCACAUGCGAAUGCAGUUCUAUGUGCAGGGACUGAGGAACAAGGCGACGGUUCAACUGGAGUCCAGGAGGGCUCGCUGUGGCAAAUUGGAAUAUCGUUACUUAUUCGUGCAAUUAGAUCACUAUCCCCACACCACUAUUAUUCUGGAGGAUAAUCGUGCCUUUGAUCCCACCCCUGAGUCUGCAUCUUCGUCCGCUGCACCUUCCUUUGGCAAUCUGGCCCUCAUGUCCAACAGCCAAGACAACAAGUAAUGGAGGGAAUGUCCUUUACAGCACUUAAAUUUUCUGUACAUUUGUUAUAUUUAUUAUUUGACUGACAAUGAAUUUGCAUUGGGCAUUGAUAGCCAAAA